GCGCGACAAAAUGUGCUGAGUCAGCAUUUAAUUUGGUGGGCGAAAUUGGCGAGAAGAGGACAGCGACAAGCAACGGCGAUGGCGAGCAAACACCAGCACCACCACGCUGAUGCUGCAGACGAUGAUGAUGAUGGCGGUGGUGGCAGGGAGGAUCCGUCGUUGGCGCUGAAGGCAUACACGCAGCGGUUAUGGGAGGAAGCAGCACGCAAGCUGGAGAAGAAGGCGAGCACCAGUAGCAGCGGAAGCAGUGGCGGUGGCGGUGGCAGCAGCAACGGCGGCAGCAGGAGUGCCAAGUGGCAAGAAGAGGGGGCGAGGCGACCGGAGGUUGACAAGAAGGAAGAUGCACCGAUAGCUAACACAGCACACGAGCCACCUGUGCGGCGCCAGCAACCAUCUCCCCGAUCAGUGCAGGACACAUCUACGAGUGCAACAGCCGAAACUGCUGCCUUAGCUUCUUCAAUGCCAGCUGCGCAAGCACGAGCCAGCCAGGGCGGUGUCAGUGCGUUGUUGUACAAGAAGCCACGACACCCUUCAAGGCGAAUACAGCAGCCACACACAAGGAAGGGGACUGCGAAGCAGUCGCAAACAGCACUCAAGUCCACACCAUCCUCAUCAAACCUCGACGAGAUGCUGGCUCGGGAGCGGCGGGAGCUGGAGGAAGCACGCCAGCGCCUGGACAAGGAACGACAGUUGUUUGAACAGGGCAGACAAAGGGGAAGCACAUGCCUCCUCCCCUCAGCCACUCGGGAACAGGCAGCGGCACCGGUCGCAAGGACAAGCGAAAAGCGCAGCGACCACCAUCUUGCGAGCGGAGAGCGCAGCGACAACCAUUUCUCUCGCCAAUCCAGCCAACCUGUGUCACCGAAACCGGCACCCCACAACACAAGGCCACUCACAGUCACGCAUGAUCAUGACAUGAGCGAAGAGCACGAGAAGCCGGCAGCUUCCGUUGGGAAGAGUGAACAGCUUACGAGCAAAGCUGUGAAACAGAGCAAAGCUCAGCUACUGCAAAGCGAGCUGCAAAGGAAGGAUGAGGAAGUUACGCCCGCGAGCAGCAAGGAGACGAACCAUGGGGGCGACGCAGAUGCAGAUGCAGAUGCACCCACACCAGAAACAACCCCAGAAAACCCUCCAAGCCCUGCUAUUGUCACGACGAAACUGGAACACAAGCAACAGCAACAGCAACUCGAGCGGCAGCGAGAGCAGCGAGGCGAGAAGCAAGAACAAGAAGAACACCAGGAACGGCAGCGGCCCCCAGAACUGCAACAACAGAAGCAGCAGCAGCAGCAACAGCAACAGCAGCCACAACAACAGCAGCCACAACAACAGCCACAGCAGCAGCAGCAGCAUGAUUCGUUGUCGACACCUCGUCCACCACCGGUGCCACCACCAGCAAUGGCGAAGAAGCCGACGCCACCGACGGCUGCUCACCGCAAAGAGUCACCAGCAGCGCAAUCCAUCCGCACAAAGCGGUUGCGGUAUUUCCGCGCACGUGCAAGCGGCAACGUUGCACCUGACACGACUUCUCUUCCAUCUCACCCUCCAACAGCACCAGCACCAACAUCACGUGGCACGCGACACUUCGAAACAGCACCAACCCCGCCGCUGUCAUCAUCGUCUUUGUCGUCGUCUUCGUUGCUGACACGACAACAUCAGCGCCUUGCACCUCCACCGCAGCAGCGUGAGACGACGGACACGCGCUUGCAGCAGACUGCUGCUGGCCCAUCAGGCUCUGAGGAAGGCGUAAGGGAAGGUGGUGGUAUGUACGCUGGCGGCAGUGAUAAGGAAGAGAGCACAGAUCAAGCGGAGACACCGCGUGAGGGAAGUGCUGGCGAUGGAAUGCAACGAGAACACGUGCAUGAAUCAGCCAAAGGGGAGGUGGAAAACGAAGACCAUGAUCACAACAGCGAGAUGGAAGGUGACACGCAGACCAAGCACGAGGGGGACGGUGCAGUUCAACAAGACACAUCGGCUCAAACCGCACAAGGCGGCGCGACUGAAGAAGGCAGGCAACAGCACAAACAACAACCUGACGCUGACCAUGAUGAUGAAGUGAAUGCUACUGCGGCGGAGACAGUACGUGCCAAUGCGUCAGCACCCAUGUCUACGUUUCCGUCGAAGCGUGACGGUAAGAGCAGCAGUCCCCACAGAGACGAGAAACGCGGGGGAGACGAAGACGAAGACGGCGACAGCUGGCCGCGUUCGUUUCCGCACACAACGCCAUCGCCAGCGGCACCGCCACAGCCACACGUGCCAUCGUCGCUGCUGUCGCCGUGUGCUUCCGUUGAGCUCUCGUCCUCCAAGGAACAACAACAAGAACAGCAUCAACAACAACAACAACAACAACAACAUUGGCGCGCAUCCGUCAAUGUGAAUGACCUGUUGUCUGGCGUGUGGUCUGAUGAGGACGCUGACGAAGAUGAUGAUAGCGCCAAUCGUGUGCGGGGAGUGGGCCACGGCAGCAGGUCUGACGAGGAACAGGACGACGAGGACGAGGACGAGGAUGGCGAUGAAGAUUCAGAUCACGCAGAUGAAGAUGAUGAUAAUCAUGAUGGUGACGGUUUGCACGAGCACGACCCACUUGCGUCCACUGGCGAGCUGCUGUUUGGUGGCGAUGGUGACCCAACAUUCGAUGAUGACUCGUGGCUCGCAUCCCCGGCACAAGCGCGGUUUGGGCUGUCGCCUGCACGCGUGCGCUUCAAACGCAGUCAGGACGAGCAGGCAGAGCGCCACGACGAGAGGCGUAGCUUGGACACCGAUGCUGAUCGUGGCGACACGCAUGACAGGAGUGAUGACGAUCUUGAUGAUGACGACGGCAGCCAUGGUGGACAUGGUUGUGAGCAGAGGAGUGAUGCGAGCGAUAGUGGCAAUGAGCAGACUGUUGCUGAAUCUCGCCACCACCACCACCACUGCCGCCGGCCCACGGCUUCAAAGGCACGCCCGGUCACGGCAACAACAGCCUCUGCUGUUCCCACGCGCCCAAACCCUGUCAGGACAUUCAAAGCCCAGCAGCGGCGGGUGAGCGGUGGUGCACUGAGCAGAGCAGACAUGAGUCUUCAGCGUGUGCUAGCAGAUGCGCAGGCAACACUGGCCACGACAGCAGCAGCAACGUCACAGCACACCCGCGCUUUGCGUGAGCUUCGUAUGUCGACGAAAGCCAAGGGUGCAUCAACAGCUGCCAUGUCACAGGCGCUUGCAGCUGUCAAAGGAAGAGGCAGCGGCAGCCCACUAAAUGAGCCUGAUGCUGGCGAUGCUGGUGAUGGUGAUGGUGAUGGUGAUGGUGAUGGUGAUGGUGAGCAGAUGGAUGCUUCGUCCGUCGCGUCAUCGCGGUGGAGGAGUGGCAGUGCGAGCGUGACCACGGCUGCACAGCGCGCGCGGCAGAGGGAAGCGGCACUUGCGGCACAAAAGUCCACAGCACGUGGUGCAAAUGUGUCACGACGUGCGUCACGACAGCAGCAGCAACAAAGGCAACAGCAAACACAGAGGGGGCGGCCCAACACCGUGGAUAUUGGGCUUGACGUUGUUGCUGCUGGAACAGGUGGUGCACACAACACGAAAGACCAACGUGCGCUGAAGGGGAAGGAUGGACCGACAGACCGGCAGCGGAAGCAAUCAUCACAGAGCAGGCAGCAAGGCAAUCGCGUGGAUGUUGCAUCAAGGGACGACGUCGGCGUGGAUUCCCGGAACCACCAUGUUCACCACUUCAAACGCAUUGAUGGCAACGCCAGCGACAAUGAUGAUGACGAUAAUGACGAUGACGAUAAUGACAAUGAUGAUGACAACAACUACAACCAUGGCGAUUACGAGAAGUUUUGCCCCGACCACCUCAAUGAUGAUGAUGAUGGUGACUGGAUAAUUCAGCAGCAGCAGCAACAACAACAACAACAACAACAGCAGCAGCAGCAGUGCGGCAGGCCCAAGUGUCGGCCGCAAGCGAUGGGCGCAACACCGCCGCCUCUACUGCAGCACUUUCCUGAGGAGCUGUUGCUGCACAUCAUGUCGUUUCUGUCGGGUCCUGCCCUGCUUCAGUUUGGGCUGUCGUGCCGGCGGUUUGCCUCGCUUCUCUACGACCCCAUGCUCUUCUCGUCGCUUUCGCUGCGUCGCGCAACCAUUUCCGCCAACACAUGUCGACAACUCCUUGCACGCAGGCCACGCGAUGUGACGCUGUCGUGGUGUGAGCUUGCAGAUUUGGAUGUCAUUACACCACUGCUGUCAUCACCACGCCUCCAGUGCUUCUCACUCGCAUUCAGCAUAGUGCAUGCAACGCCCGCUGUUGGUGCGACCACACCAGCCGUAGCUGGACCAAGCACGACGGCCGCAGCGACCGCCACAGAGGGAGAGGUAGCAGCACAGACACCAGAGCCACGCUCGCAUCAGCCGUCGUCAUCAUUACGCAAUCCAGCACUGGUGGCCGGAUCCGUUCUCCGCUUGGAGCUGCGCACUGGCGCCGCUGUUUCAGCUCCGGUGCUGGCGUGGUUCACUUCGUGGUCGUUUCCCAUGCUGCACACUCUCGUCCUCCAGCAUGCGAGCAUGGACAACACGGCGCCAAUCACCUCAUUGCUCCGGUCGUGCUCCCGGCGUCUCCACACCCUCUGCUUCGACUUUUGCAACGUGGAUGACGCGUGUAUGCGCGUGGCUGCAUCGCGCUUCCGUCACGCAUGUGCGCUCACCGUCACCGGAUCGUUAGUCCUCACAAAACGCGGCAUCAAAUGCGUUUCAAAACGCAUGCGUGACUUGGAGAAACUGGACAUUUCUGGUUGCCGACAUGCGGGCGAUCGCUGGAUGAAAACCAUCUCAACCUCCUUCCCACGUCUCAAGGAAUUGCGCCUGUCCAGCACGAUUGUGACGGAUGACGGGUUGGCGUGGUUGCCAUCUGCACCGUUCCAGCUCACACUGCUGGACCUUGCUCGCUGCGCUGGCUGCUCUGAAGCAGCAAUGACACACGCCAUCAUCAGUCAACCGUCCCUCGAGUACGUGGAGCUGAACGGAACGGCAGCAACACCGCAGUUGAUAUCUGCCGUGAAUGCCGCUGCCGUGCAUGCAGGCAUCACGCUGAGCAUGCCCCACUGCUAUCCUGACCCGCAGGACUCGCUCCUCCCAGUCCUGCGAAGCGUGGACCCAAACGUUGUCAGUACUGUGCGCUUGUGCAAAUGCGACCUCCACCUAACGCUUCAGCCCCACGUCAACCGAGACUCCAUCAUGUGUCGCGUUGUCGUGACUUGA